AACACACUCUGGGUUCAAGUGUGUUAGACCUCUGCUCGGUAACUGGAACCCGGGGGAAGUGUCACGUUUCAGGCUUGGCUGCAACUCAGCGACCUCCACGACACACACAGGAAAUAUCAGGAUUGUGAGAAAUGAUGAGGAAGAGGGUAACGUUUGUGGAGCAGCUGAAAAAAGAGACCAGGUUAAAAAAUGGGCACGUGUUAACGAGGUCUGCAGAAUAUAGCCAGAGAGGCACAGGUGGUGUUGAAUAUCUACCCAGUGAGCCGGUGAGGGAGGCGUUCAGAGGAAAACACGGUAACGUUUCUUCAGGAGGACAACACAUGAAGACGAGCCACGUUCCCAAAUCCAUGAUGGCUGCUCCCUUCUUACAGCAUCCCGCCCUCACAGCCGGACAGAGACACUACCUGUGCAGCAUAGCAAGCGUCUACAGCACGGAGCACAUGAGGCAGCAGAUGAAGCAGCACUACCUGCACCUUCUGCACACAUGCCUUCAGUCAGUUCAGAGUCCCCCCUGCAGUAGGAGGCUUGGGACUCAUCAGCGAGGAGAAAACAAAACAAAGGAUGCAGUGAAGGAUGUAAGAAUGAAGCCUCAAGGACCGAGGAAGAGCAGCAAUAAUUCUGAUGUCAUACUUCCAAAAAUAAUCAACAGAUGACCCAUUUGAUGGAAUAUUAUUUUCACGGUGUUAUUACCUUAUAUUGAGUCUUAAUGUUAAUCUCUUUGCAUCAACACUUCUUAUGUUAUUGUAGAUAUUUUAGGUGUAAAUGCCUCUAACAAAGGAUGUGUGCAGUCCUUUAUAAAUACAGUCUAUGGUGCAUUCAUGUAUUUUUUAAAUAUACCUAUAAACACAUAUAACAACACUGCAUUUGCUAAGGUACUCAACGUGUUUACUAGUUACAUUUUGCUCAGUUAUUUUACUGUA